GCCGUUUGAAGUCCAGUUGGAUUUCUCGUGGACCAAAGAGGAGGCUGCCUGGAUGCUAUUGAUCCCCAGCACUCAGCAGUGCAAACGCCCUGGGGUGUGCUUUACUUCAAGCAAAUAGAAGUGGGCCCCUCAGAAAGUAGGGAUGCCGGGCUGGGGGUGGGGGGACACUAGUGUGCUCAGCAUCCAGACGAGAGGGAGACUCCUGGAGAAAACCCCCUUCCUGUCACAGCACCCACAGCAUUCUGAAUCUGCUCACAGCCCAACGGCCUCGCUGAGGAUGCUCCAUUUAAAAGUGCAGUUUUUGGAUGAUUCCCAGAAGAUUUUUGUGGUUGAUCAAAAAUCAUCUGGAAAGGCACUCUUUAACCUGAGCUGCAGCCACCUCAACCUUGCCGAAAAGGAAUAUUUUGGAUUAGAAUUCUGCAGCCAUUCUGGACAUAAUGUUUGGUUGGAACUUCUGAAGCCCAUAACGAAGCAAGUAAAAAAUCCUAAGGAGGUUGUUUUCAAAUUUAUCGUGAAAUUUUUCCCAGUGGACCCUGGACAUCUUCGGGAAGAACUCACAAGGUAUCUUUUUACUCUUCAAAUAAAGAAGGAUUUGGCUCUGGGAAGGCUCCCAUGCAGUGACAACUGUACAGCUUUAAUGGUGUCGCACAUUUUACAAUCAGAAUUAGGAGACUUCCAUGAAGAAAUGGUUAGGAAGCAUCUGGUGCAAACCCAGUACUUGCCAAGCCAAGCCUGUUUAGAGAGCAAGAUCAUGCAAUUUCACCAGCAGCACAUAGGCCGGAGCCCAGCGGAAUCAGACAUUCUGCUACUGGACAUAGCAAGGAAGCUGGAUAUGUAUGGCAUCAGACCGCAGCCCGCCAGUGACGGUGAAGGGAUGCAGAUUCACCUGGCUGUUGCUCACAUGGGAGUACUGGUGUUAAGGGGAAACACAAAGAUUAAUACUUUCAACUGGGCUAAGAUUCGCAAGCUGAGUUUUAAGAGAAAGCAUUUUCUCAUCAAACUUCAUGCUAAUAUUUUGGUGCUGUGCAAAGACACUUUGGAGUUCACCAUGGCCAGCCGAGAUGCAUGCAAGGCUUUCUGGAAGACUUGUGUGGAGUACCAUGCUUUCUUCAGGCUUUCUGAAGAGCCCAAAUCAAAGCCCAAAACACUACUCUGCAGUAAGGGUUCCAGUUUCCGAUACAGUGGAAGAACUCAAAGACAACUUUUGGAAUAUGGGAAAAAGGGGAGAUUAAAGAGCCUGCCAUUUGAAAGGAAACAAUACCCAUCUCAAUAUCAUGAACGGCAGUGCAGAUCAUCACCAGACAUUCUCUCUGAUGUGUCAAAACAAGUGGAAGAUCUGAGACUUACGUAUGGCAGCAGUUACUACCGAAAUGUGAAUGGGGUGCACGCAUCUGAGCCUAUGCUAGACGGUAGGAGGAGGAACUCUGCAGUUGAAGUGACAUUUGCAGCUGAGCUGGAGCAUUCCAAACCAGAGGCAGAGGCCGCAUCGCUCCAUCCGUCCCAAAGCAGUUCCUCUUUCACCUUUAUUUAUGCAGAUCCUGUCUUUAAUACUGACCCUGAGCCCAUAGAUUUCUUUGAGGAGCGGAGUCCUCUUAGCUCCUUCCAAACAAACUCCAAGUUUGUGGAUGGUCACACAAGCAAAGUGAGCCCAGCGAGGCAGCUAACAUACACUGAUGUGCCCUAUAUUCCUUGUACUAGUCAGAAGGUUGAUAUCAUGCCUCCCCAAGUCUUUUUUUAUGUGGAUAAGCCACCCCAGGUACCCAGGCGGUCUCUGAUGAUGGCAGAGGAAAGUAUGAGACCAGACAGCUAUGUAGAUCCCAGUGCAAUAAAGCCAGCCAAAAGGAGCCCAAGGAAUAUGAGGAUAAAAAGCUUACAGCAAGACCUUCAAGAACUCCAAGAAGCUAUGGCUAGAACUAGUGGUAGAAGCAAUAUCAAUGUAGAGCCAGAGGAGGAAGAUCCACAUUUAGAUGAUGCAUUUGCAUAUAACCUUCAAGAGCAAACUCCUAAACGAUCUCAAAGCCAAUCAGACAUGAAAACUAUCCGUUUUCCUUUUGGAUCAGAAUUUAGACCUUUAGGGCCAUGUCCUGCUCUGACUCGUAAAACCGAUCUGUUUACAUGUACGUUUGCAGAGCAGGAGUUCCCAACAGUUCUAAUGGAUCAGAGCUCAGCUGAAAGGUAUGUAGCUAGUGAGUCCAGUGAUUCAGAAUCAGAAAUUCUUAAAACAGACUACUAUUCUUUGUAUGGCAAAGGAACAAAGUCACCCAGGGCCCGCAUCCGCUUGUCUUCUGGUAGUCUACAGCUAGAGGAAGAGGAUGAAGCUAUUUCUUUUGGCACACCAGGUGCUGAAGAUAGGACUUUGCUAAAGCCAUGCAAUUAUUUCUUAGCUUAAAAGAGUGACUCUGAGUGGUCCUGGUCCAGUUCUAUGUUACCACCUUAGCUAAGACAUAAGAAGUCAUUUUGAUUCGUCUUCUCCUUAGUCAUCUUAAUUGAUGGAAAGAUGGUGUGGAAGAUUGUGGUAAGAUGCUGUCUCUUUCCAGGAGCUUCUUUCUUUCAUUUCCUCCAAAAAGACACUGGAACAUGCCUUCUUCUCCCCAGCACUAUGGUAGUGCAAGGGCAGUAUAUGUCAUACCAUUAUACAUUUUCUUGAGCACACAUUAUCCAUGAAGAUCCAUUCUUCAAUGGUGAAGAAUGAUGGUGGGGAUUGCAGCAUGGAACUGGCUUCUAAAACCACCUUGUGAUUUAGUAUGGUGACUAUGUUGGUUAUUUUUGUGAUUAGGUAACAUUAAACAAUGGUUUCUCUCUCCAUGACUUGUUUGGGACCCAGUGAACAUUCUUGUUAUAUACUAAGAUUGUCAAUUUUUUUUAAACAUAUGCAUAGGUGAGUGACAUAGAUCCUCUCAGCAAAUUCAUGGAUUAGGCCCGUUUUUCAAGCGAAAUGUGUGCCUGAUGAGGAUAUUACGGUGUUUGAUGUCUAAUUUCUCUUAAUUACUUAUUAUAUAAGGUAUGAUCAAUGUUAACAGGCAAGCUUGUUUAUUAAUUUCUCCUACCAGAAUUUAUUUUUGCCAUAACUUUGUUGCAUGCAUGCAGUAAGGAUAUAAGGUGUAAUUUUAAUAAAGAGUAGUGGAAAAUCCACUGAAACAGAAGUAA